AUGUGUCCACCGGUAGAGGUCGUCCCACGAGUCUAUAUACGCGUGAGCACAUUUAGCAUAGCUAUGAGUGGACCGCAUAGACCCGUAGGCUGUCACCGAUAUCAACGAGAUAUACCCGAUAUCUUUGAUAGACAUGACGACGAUGUCGUGACCUUUGACGAGGACCUACUAGCCCCCGAGGACUGUCGGCUAACAGCCAUAAUAGACUUUGCAAACAAUUGGCUAUUGAAGCGGGAGGUAUGGGAUGUCAUAUCGUGCGAGACUGUAGGCGCCAUAAUAAGGGUUAAGUUCUCAAAGGGCGGGACAGUUACCUACAAAAAACUACUGACCACUUACUCUAUCAACGAUGAAGGCAUACUG